UCUCACUCAAAGUCUCCAAGUCGCAGUCACAGACGAAAAGUGAUCCUUUUUUGUUAGAGCUAGCCACGAGCAUAGCAAGCAGAGAGAGAGAGAGAAGAUGGGUGAUAGGUCAUAGAUUAUGAUGAGUGAUGGUUAGAUAGGUAACAGCUCACUGCUAGCUUGCGCCUAAUGCGCGUACACAAUUUGUACUCCCAGUCCCACGGUCUCUCACCCGUUAAAAGACAAAAACACUAGAAUCCCAAACGCCAGGAUGGAAUCCGCGAACUACCCACGCAUUUGCGAUUUGCCUCUCUCACUCCUCACUCCUAUAUAAAUUGCUAGCAACUUCCUCUCGUUAACUAAUUCCCUUAACCUUCACACCCUCUCCCGCCCCCCGUGUGUAUUGUUGUUGUAUGGCCAAACCCUCUGCUAACGUGCGCCAGUAAGACCAACUAACACCAGAGCUUGCCCCUGUGGCUGUGGCCUUUUCUUCCACCAUAGACUCUCCUAUCUGUCCCACGUGUGACUCUCCGUCGCCCUCGCCCAGAAUGAUCGUGACAUCGUCCGCUCCCGGCGCCUCUUCUCACCAACCAGUCGCCGGCAAACACCCAAUUUAUCGAGGAAUCCGCUGCCGCAGCGGCAAAUGGGUUUCCGAAAUCCGGGAGCCGCGGAAGUCUACUCGGAUAUGGCUCGGCACGUUCCCCACACCGGAGAUGGCAGCCACCGCCUACGACGUGGCAGCACUUGCUCUCAAGGGUAGUGACGCCGUCCUCAACUUCCCCGAAACUGUCAGCUCAUACCCAAUUCCAGCGUCUGCAUCACCGUCCGACAUACGCGCUGCAGCCGCUGCAGCAGCCGCUUCAAGGCUACCCAAGACGGAAUCCAUCGACGACCAGCCAUUCAGCCACUUGGGGAAUGUGGAGCUCGACACCGACUCCAAUCCUCCCACGUCGAGGGAAGAAUUUAUUGACGAGGAGGCACUGUUUGACAUGCCUAAGCUGCUGGUGAACAUGGCAGAAGGAAUGCUGUUAAGCCCGCCGAGGAUGAAUCCACGAACCAGUGACGACUCGCCGGAAAAUUCAGAUGGAGAAAGCCUAUGGAGCUACACUUGAUCUUGAUAGAACUCCUGCACCACUCACUCAUCAAAUAAAAAAUGAAAAAAAAAAGAUAGUAAUAAAUAAAUAAUGAGUGGUUCGGGUGAUAUGGGUACAUAUAUAAUCGGAUGAUUCAGUCCUCAGACUGUCUUGUUUUUCCACUUUGUGGUUUUUGAAGCUAAGAGGAUCGAUCUCGCGUAGAUCCUACCUACUGACUUUAUUAAAUGCGUGUACCAUGCUUUUGUAAUAUAUGUUUUCUUGUUUUCACGCAGUUACACUUCCUUGUGUUUCGCCAUUAAUUUCAGCAGCUUUCUUUCUGAGUUUCUGUUC